GACUGGAAAUAGGCUGAAUUAAUCAGCAGAUUGAAGCUCUGCUCUGCCGUGCCGAUUCUCUGCAGCACUACACCGGCCUCUCACUCACACAUUGUCCAGCCCUCUCCCCUCUUCUCUCUCACAGUCGCUCUCUUCUUGCUCUCUCAUUCUGUUCUGCUUCUCCCUCUAUCCUUGAGUGUGGUGUUGGGAGUUACUAUACCUGCCUGCCUGUCCCUCAGACUCUGCCUCAUGCUCUUCAAGCAGGCAGAGCUAUGGAUUCCCCAGCAGGGCAAGCACAGCAUGGUGAGUAUGCCAGCUUGAUUCUCACAGUUCUAAUUGCCUCCUUCUCUGCUCACGAGGGAGUCUUUGGAUUGUGGUUGCCAAUGGAGUCCUGAAGAUGCUGCAAAUCAGGAAGCAGCCGGGAUGAGCCUGGGGUAACCACGGCUUUGGAAGGAGAUCGGGACUGAGAGCCAGAAAACUAGCGUGUCUUGGAAUGGCCAGCCACGUUUUCAGGUUACUCAGAGCAGCCUUGGGGAUUGAGUUUCCCAAGGGGGAAGGAUGCUGAGACCCAAGGCUCCAUGUACAGGUGACGAAAGCUCAGGGCUUGCACUCCAGCCCUUCUCUAUAGCAAGGGAAUUUUUCCCUGCUGGAUCACUCAGGUAACUGAGUCAGGGUUGGGACAGUUUUUCUGAGUUUCAGUGGCUGCUGAAGAUGGGGAAGCAUGGAGGUGAAGGCGCUGAGGUCCACACGAUCCUUUACAAGGAGGCAGAGGCAGGCAGAUCUCUGACUUUGAAGUCAGCCUGGUCUACAUAGUGGGUUCUAGGCAGCUACAGAUGAGUCCAGAUGUGCCGGCCAAACUCAGAGGGGUGGGAGUGGCAGUCUCCUUCAGUGACUUGGGUUUGCGCUGAGUUCAGCUUUGAUUCCUCUCCAUCUGGCCUGACUGAAGCAGCUGUGAUGGGGUGGCCUGGUGAGGAGGCCAGCUGAUUAAAACUGGUGGUCAUCUGUUAUCAAGGACACCAGUCAAGGUUUAUAUCUAUAACCUGCCUCCCUCAAUUUUGCUGCUUCUGAAACAGGUAGGGUAGGAAGAAACGUGGAGAGAACCUCAGAAGUGUUCUGCGGGACGCGGGCUGGGUGUUGGGUGCUGGGUGCUUCUUGCUGAGGAGAGUGCAGAAAAGCCCAGUGCUGCAGCUGUUGGGAGGCUCGCUAGACCACCUGAUGCUGAGUUCCACACCGUGGCCGGGGUGCCACAUUAUUGCUCAUGGUUGUCAGUCAUUUUGCCCUUGUUGUCCCGGGUGAAUGCUAAGUCCUGCUAGUGCUCCUCUCCAGUGUGGAACAGAGACAGCCAGCCCAGCUGAGGAUGGCUUCCUUUUUGCCCAGCACAGUGGGUAAGUCUCAGUGCUUCGGAGGCAGAGGCAGGCAGAUCUCUGACUUUGAGGUCAGCCUGGUCUACAUAGUGGGUUCUAGGACAGACAGGAUUACACUGUAGUGAGAACCUAUCUCAAAAACACAAAACAAGCAAACAAAAAACCAAAACCAAACAACCAAACAACAACAACCUUUCUUUUCUGACUCAAGUCGUUCCUUCUUUGCUCUGACUACGUGUGACAAUAAGUGUCCACUAAGGGCAGACAGGAAUGGCAAGGGCUUGUUCUGCCUGAAAGACUUGAGCGUCCUUCUGAUCUGGUCCCUCUGGUGUAGAAGCCUCCCUCCUGGCCCCAAGAACGUAUCUAGUGGUGCAGUGUCAGGGAAGGGGUGAGUUUUUAGCCACAGAGGAGCAGGAGAAAUCUCUUGUUGGUCUUGAGAACUUAUUAAGGCACAUCAAAACGCUCCUCUCCCUUGUUGACCUCGGAGGGUAAAGAGGAGCAGAUCCUAGCCUGUGCUGACUUAGUUAUUUAUUGCUCAGGUAAUAGGAACUUGCUGCAUCUCUCCAAGGCGCCCUGGAACACGGAGGAGAGCCCCCCUUGGCCCUGGGCCUGUCUACCCGGAAGGCCCUCAGUGUCCUGAAGGAACAGCUGGAGGCUGUGUUGGAGAAACACCUCAAGGAGCGGAAGAAGUGUCGUACGUGGAAGGAGACAUGGAAAAGCAGCUUCCUGCACCUCAAUAACCGCUGCUCCUGUUUCCACUGGCCGGGGGCUUCUCUCAUGCUGCUGGCUGUACUGCUGUUGCUGUGUUGCUACGGGGGUCAGCCAGCCGGGAGCCAUGGAGUGGAGCUGGUAAAUGCCUCUGCCCUGUUCCUGUUGCUGCUUCUCAAUCUUAUCCUCAUUGGGCGGCAAGAUCGGCUAAAGCGCCAGGAGGUGGAGCGCAGGCUCCGGGGCAUCAUUGACCAAAUCCAAGAUGCUCUCAGGGACGGGAAGGAGAUCAAGUGGCCGAAUGCCAUGUACCCAGACCUCCACAUGCCCUUUGCACCUUCCUGGUCCCUGCACUGGGCUUACAGAGAUGGACACCUGGUAAACCUGCCAGUUAGCCUGCUGGUAGAAGGAGACAUCAUAGCCCUGAGACCUGGCCAGGAGUCAUUCGCCUCCCUGAGGGGCAUCAAGGAUGAUGAGCACAUUGUCCUGGAGCCAGGAGAUCUGUUCCCCCCCUUCUCCCCACCACCCUCACCGAGGGGGGAAGUGAAGAAAGGCCCACAGAACCCCCAGCAACACCGGCUCUUCCGAGUCCUGCAGACUCCUGUGAUUGACAACAUCAGAUGGUGCCUGGACACAGCUCUAUCGCGCCCAGUCACUGCUCUGGACAACGAAAGGUUCACGGUCCAGUCAGUGAUGCUUCACUAUGCUGUGCCGGUGGUCCUGGCUGGCUUUCUCAUCACCAAUGCCCUGCGCUUCAUGUUCAAUGCACCUGGGGUCACGUCGUGGCAGUACACUCUUCUCCAGCUCCAGGUGAAUGGCAUGCUGCCCAUCCUCCCUCUGCUCUUCCCUGUGCUCUGGGUCCUGGCUACCGCCUGUGGAGAAGCCCGUGUCCUGGCCCAGAUGAGCAAGGCCUCGCCCAGCUCUUUGCUGGCCAAGUUCUCAGAGGAUACUCUCAGCAGCUACACCGAAUCCGUCUCCUCUCAGGAAAUGCUGCGCUGCAUUUGGGGUCACUUUCUGAGGGUGAUCCAGGGGACAUCGCCAACACUGAGUCACAGUGCCAGUCUGCUGCAUAGCUUGGGUUCUGUCACGGUGCUGUGCUGUGUAGAUAAGCAGGGGAUCCUAUCAUGGCCAAAUCCCAGCCCAGAGACUGUCCUCUUCUUCAGCGGGAAGGUGGAGCCCCCCCACAGCAGCCAUGAGGACCUCACAGAUGACCUGUCUACCCGCUCCUUCUGCCAUCCUGAGGUAGAGGAGGAGCCCCAUGAACGAGAUGCCCUCCUUGCUGGCUCCCUGAACAAUACCCUGCACCUUUCCAACGAGCAGGAGCAUGGUGACUGGCCCAGCGAUGGUCCCAAGCCCUCUGAGCCCUACUCCCAUCACAAAGUGUACGGCCGCAGCAAACACCCAUCUGGUUCCAACGUGAGCUUCAGCAGGGACACUGAAGGUGGAGAGGAAGAGCCCGGCAAGACCCAGCCCGGGACCGAGGGUGAGCACUAUGAGGCUGAGGACUUUGUGUGUGACUACCACUUGGAGAUGCUGAGCUUGUCCCAAGACCAGCAGAACCCUUCAUGUAUCCAGUUUGAUGACUCCAACUGGCAGUUACACCUCACCUCCCUCAAGCCGCUGGGCCUCAAUGUGCUGCUGAAUCUGUGUAACGCCAGCGUCACUGAACGCCUGUGCCGCUUCUCCGACCACCUGUGCAACAUCGCCCUGCAGGAGAGCCACAGUGCUGUGCUGCCGGUGCACGUGCCCUGGGGCCUCUGCGAGCUGGCCCGGCUCAUUGGCUUCACUCCAGGGGCCAAGGAGCUCUUCAAGCAGGAGAACCACCUGGCGCUCUACCGCCUGCCCAGUGCUGAGACUGUGAAGGAGACAUCGCUGGGGCGGCCCUCCUGUGUCACCAAGCGGCGCCCCCCACUCAGCCACAUGAUCAGCCUUUUCAUCAAAGACACCGCCACCAGCACAGAGCAGAUGCUGUCCCAUGGCACUGCUGACGUGGUCUUGGAGGCCUGCACAGACUUCUGGGAUGGUGCUGACAUCUACCCUCUUUCGGGUUCUGACAGGAAGAAAGUCCUGGAUUUCUACCAGCGAGCCUGCCUGUCUGGCUAUUGCUCCGCCUUUGCCUACAAGCCCAUGAGCUGCAGCCUGUCCUCUCAGCUCAAUGGCAAGUGCAUCGAGCUGGUGCAGGCGCCCGGCCAGAGCAGCAUCUUCACCAUGUGUGAGCUGCCUAGCACUGUCCCCAUCAAGCCAAACAUCCGCCGCAACAGCUGGAGUUCUGAUGAAGGGAUCGGGGAGGUGCUGGAGAAGGAAGACUGCAUGCAGGCCCUGAGCGGUCAGAUCUUCAUGGGCAUGGUGUCCUCCCAGUACCAGGCCCGCCUGGACAUUGUGCGUCUCAUUGAUGGGCUGGUCAACGCCUGUAUCCGCUUCGUCUACUUCUCUCUGGAGGAUGAGCUCAAGAGCAAGGUGUUUGCUGAAAAGAUGGGCCUGGAAACAGGCUGGAACUGCCACGUCUCCCUGACGCCCAAUGGUGACAUGCCUGGCUCUGAGAUCCCUCCCUCUAGCCCCAGCCAUGCGGGCUCUCUCCAUGAUGACCUGAAUCAGGUGUCCCGAGAUGAUGCCGAAGGACUCCUCCUCUUAGAGGAGGAAGGUCACUCAGACCUCAUCAGCUUCCAGCCUACGGACAGUGACAUCCCCAGCUUCCUGGAGGACUGCAACCGGGCCAAGCUGCCCCGGGGCAUCCACCAGGUGCGGCCACACCUGCAGAACAUUGACAACGUACCGCUGUUGGUGCCUCUCUUCACUGACUGCACCCCUGACACCAUGUGUGAGAUGAUAAAGAUCAUGCAGGAGUAUGGGGAGGUGACCUGCUGCCUGGGCAGCUCUGCCAACCUGCGCAACAGCUGCCUCUUCCUGCAGAGCGAUGUCAGCAUUGCCCUGGAUCCCCUGUACCCAUCCCGCUGUUCCUGGGAGACUUUUGGUUACGCCACUAGCACCACCAUGGCACAGGCCUCCGACGGUCUUUCUCCCCUGCAGCUGUCAGGGCAGCUCAACAGCCUGCCUUGCUCCCUGACCUUUCGCCAGGAAGAGACCAUCAGCAUCAUCCGUCUCAUUGAGCAGGCUCGGCACGCUACCUAUGGCAUCCGUAAGUGCUUCCUCUUCCUGCUGCAGUGCCAGCUGACCCUGGUGAUCAUCCAGUUCCUUUCUUGUCUGGUCCAGCUGCCACCGCUCCUGAGCACCACAGACAUCUUAUGGCUGUCCUGCUUUUGUUACCCUCUGCUCAGCAUCUCCCUAUUGGGGAAGCCACCACAUAGCUCCAUCAUGUCUAUGGCAACAGGCAAAAACCUUCAGUCCAUUCCUAAGAAGACCCAGCACUACUUCCUCCUGUGCUUCCUGCUCAAGUUCAGCCUCACCAUCAGCUCCUGCCUCAUCUGCUUCGGCUUCACACUGCAGAGCUUCUGUGACAGCGCCCGGGCCCGCAACCUCACCAACUGCUCCUCAGUCAUGCUUUGUAGCAAUGAUGACAGGGCUCCAGCCUGGUUUGAGGAUUUCGCCAAUGGUUUGCUGUCAGCUCAGAAGCUCACAGCUGCCCUGAUUGUCCUGCACACUGUCUUCAUCUCCAUCACCCAUGUACAUCGCACGAAGCCUCUGUGGAGAAAGAGCCCCUUGACAAACCUCUGGUGGGCGGUGACCGUGCCUGUGGUGCUCCUAGGUCAGGUAGUCCAGACAGUUGUGGACCUGCAGCUAUGGACACACAGGGACACUCGUGUCCACUUUGGCCUGGAGGAUGUGCCCCUGCUGACAUGGCUCCUGGGCUGCCUGUCCCUGGUCCUUGUGGUGGUCACCAACGAGAUUGUAAAGUUGCAUGAGAUUCGGGUCCGUGUCCGAUACCAGAAGCGACAGAAGCUGCAGUUUGAGACUAAACUGGGCAUGAACUCUCCCUUCUGA